AUGUGGUCUAUUUUGUCAAUUUUUUCUUUGAUGCAUUUUGCACACGGAUCCAUAUUUGGAGCUCUUCCACACCCAGAGGAAUUAACUUUGAAGAAAAGACAAACCUGUUCUAAUAACUGUUCCGAAGACCCACACUAUUGCAAGAAAGGAGGACUGUGUAUUGGCGGAGACUCGGUCUGGACUGUACACUGUGAAUGUGAUGCCCCGUACUGGGGAAGGCGGUGUCAGUAUGUCUUACAUAGCUACCGACUUACAGUGGCGUACACUAUGGCAGUCGAGGAAACCAACCACGACAACCCUCAACCAGUCUUUAACUCUCCUGAUGAGUAUGACUCAAUAGAAAUCAGAACAAGGACCUGUGGGAAUGCUGUACAUUUCCCCCAGUGCUUUUAUAACAAGACUGGAGUAGAUUGUUCCAGUGUUCCAGAAACCAACAAGCCGUGCAGCUGGAAAUCACAGACGGUUUAUGCAUACUAUGCAGCACAAAACAGUAACAGGGAGAAAACUAUGUGUGUUGAUCUCAACCCUACAGAAAAAGAGAAUUUUGUUCAGAUUGGAAUAAGAGCAAAAUGCAACAAUAAAAAUGGCUGCAAUGUUAAAAGCUCUCCCGGUAGUACCAGCUGGAAAGUCGGAACUACCAUCCUUCAUUUUCGUACGAAAGUAGAGCCUGGAACUUGUCAUGGUCAAUAUAUUUACUAGAAUGUUGUUACAAUUCUUUUUUGUGAAAUCUCAUUAGAAAUAAAACGUAUUUCUCCCCGA